AUGGCGCCCCAUGCUACCUUUCUUUACCCUACGGCGCCGCUGACCUUGAAUAAUAUCGACGUGAUUCAAGUCAGCUAUCAGGCUGUCUGGAAGAGUGUAAAUUUGUCUAUAUUUUGUGAGAUGAGUCCCGACUCAGACCAGUUCGCUAUGGCCAAUGUAAACCAGAUUGAGCCUAGUGGCACGUAUGCUAUUGCGCCUGUUCAAGCCGGAAUGCAACUACCCCGAUUUCCAACCUACUGCAACUUCUUGCUUUGCGAUUCCCAGAACAAGACAGAUUCUACGACUGCGGCUGGCUUCACAAUGGUCAGCACCCAAGGCAUCGCGACAACUUAUGCUUUGGCCGCUACACGUGCAGCAACAACCUCAGCAUCAACAACCGGUGGUUCCAGUACAGCAUCGGGAGCUGCCAAUAUGCCCUCACCCAGUGCGUCUGCGGCUGCCGAAACGGCCGUGUCUUCGACCUCUCACUCUGCUGGUUUGGGCAGUGGCGCCAAAGCGGGUAUCGCUAUCGGUGUAAUUCUCGGCACUCUCGCCUUGAUAGCCGUUAUUUUCUUCUAUUUGCGAAUGAAAAGGCGAAUGAACAAGUUGGAGAAUAUGGUUUCAUUGAGGAGCACAGUGUCAUCGUCAGUGGACCUCGCGCCGUCCGAGAAGGCUGCGGUUGAAAAGCCUACGACAGCAUCACCAACUCCAGUCCCCUUAUCCUCCCUGUCAAACAAUGAUGGGACAGGGGUUGCAAUUUUCAAGAUGGGGGACAAUCAUCGCAAUUCAGAAGAUUGGAGGCGCUUUUUCGGCAAUGGGAAACCCCAGAAGCCCGUAACAUCAUCUUGA